AUGGUUCGCAGCACUCGAGGCAGCAUCGCCUUGGCGAAGGAUCUUGACGAACCUUCUGCAUCAGGACGCUCAACCAGAGCCAGCUCCCGCAGUGGCCGACCCAGUAUCGUCAGCCUGCCAGACACUACCGCACUGGAGAAGCGACCUAGAGGACGACCUAGUCGUACUUCGACAACUGCGCCCAGCGCAGACUCACUCUCUUCUGUUGCGACUCCCUCAAACUACUCGUCCGCCAGCGAGUACUCGACUCCCCUAACCAGCCACGUCACUACACCAGCACCGUCUAUUCAGGCAGACAAGAUCAACCAGUCUGGUAGAUCUACCCGAUCCCGUGGUAACAAGAUCGAAGUUCUUAUUCGAUCUUCCUCCAAAGCUACCACCUCCAAAAUGGAGAUGUCCGAAGCAGCCCAAGAGAAGGCAGCACGCAACAGCAUGUACUCGCUCAAGCCUGCUGCAAAGCGCAAGCGUGAUGUGAUUGAUGACAGUGAUGAUGAUGUCUACUCAGAUGCGUCUCCUGACGCAAAACUUGCCCGUCAGCUGCAAGCUGAGGAAGACCGAAGAGGCAAGAUUUCUCUAAUGUCUGACGACGACGAUGAUGAGUUUCAGCUUCUUAAUAGCAGCACUACUGUUGCUGCCAAAUCUACCAGCCUGAAAGGCAAGGGCAAAGCCAAGGCUGUGCCUUCUCGUCGCACAUCUACCAGAGUCAGCAGUGUGAAGAAGAUGGUUCUCGACGACUCUGAUGGAGAUUUCCUGGACGAGACGCUGGAUGAACCAGAAUUCAUCAAGCCUGCCAUGAAGAAGAGUGCUAAGGGCACUGUUCCAAAGCGUAAGAAGCCUGAGCUGCCUGCUGCACGUACCAAUCCAGAUUCUUCAGACGAUGAGCCAGUUCCUGUUAAGAGAGGACGCGGCAGACCUAAGAAGUCUUCCGCUGCUGCAGCAUCAACUUCCACAUCACUUCCUACAACACCUGGUGCUGACCCUGCCACUAGCGAGGGCGAGUCAUCUGCUGCCUUCUCGAUGUUGUCGUCUGUCCCUACUGAUGACGACGAUGACGAUGAUGACGAUGAUGAUGAUGGUGUUGACGCUGCUCCAUCCCGAUCUGCUAUUCGUUCUGUGACCAACUCGCGUCGUGCGUACAGAGCAUAUGCCAGCAAGAAGCGACAGAAAAAGGAUCGUACCCGCCUAGAGGAGCAUCACCCCAUUCUCAAGACCAUGUGGGAUGAUCUCAAGGCCAUGCCUGUGCUCAAGGCUGGCAAGGCGGAGCAGCCAGUCUCCAUUUCUCGCCAACUCAAGCCAUUCCAACUCGAAGGGCUGGCUUGGAUGAGGGCCAUGGAGCAGACCGAGUGGAGAGGUGGUCUGCUGGGUGAUGAGAUGGGACUGGGCAAGACAAUCCAGGCCGUCUCACUUAUCAUGUCCGACUGGCCGGCCAAGCAACCGUCCCUCGUCCUCGUUCCACCCGUGGCUUUGAUGCAAUGGGUGUCUGAGAUUGACUCGUACACCGAUGGAACUUUGAAGACUUUGGUCUUCCACGGCACGAACUCCAAGUCCAAGAACUUGACCCCCAAAGAUAUCAAGAAGUACGAUGUGAUCAUCAUGUCCUAUAACAGCUUGGAGUCCAUGUACCGCCACCAAGAGAAGGGCUUCAGCAGGAAGGACGGCAUUCACAAGCAGAAGAGUAUCAUUCAUCAGACACAAUUCCACCGAGUUAUCCUCGAUGAGGCUCAUAGCAUCAAGACUCGAAGCACCAUGACUGCGAAGGCUUGUUUCGCGCUGAAGGUCAACUACCGUUGGUGUCUGACUGGAACUCCACUGCAGAAUAGAAUCGGAGAGUUUUUCUCAUUGAUUCGUUUCCUGAACAUUCGUCCAUUUUCCUGCUAUUUGUGCAAGGAAUGCCCUUGCAGCGCCAUGGAGUGGACUAUGGAUGAGGAUAACAAGUGCAAGUCUUGCAAGCAUAAUGGCAUGCGGCACGUUUCUGUCUUCAAUCAGGAGCUACUCAACCCCAUUCAGAAGUACGGCAACCAGGGUCCUGGCGCAGAAGCUUUUAAGAAGCUCCGCCUUAUGACUGAUCGCAUCAUGCUACGCCGGCUCAAGAAGGAUCACACCAAUUCCAUGGAGCUACCUGUCAAGGAGAUUUAUGUUGAUCGUCAGUUCUUCGGCGAGGAAGAGAAUGAUUUUGCGAACAGCAUUAUGACGAAUGGUCAACGAAAGUUCGACACAUAUGUCGCACAAGGUGUUCUGCUCAACAACUACGCAAAUAUCUUUGGUCUGAUCAUGCAGAUGCGCCAAGUCGCAGACCAUCCUGAUCUUAUCCUGAAGAAGAACAGCGAAGGCGGUCAGAACAUCAUUGUUUGCUGCAUCUGCGACGAGCCUGCGGAAGAAGCCAUUCGAUCUAGGUGCAAGCAUGACUUCUGCCGAUCUUGUGCAAAGAGUUAUCUCCACUCUCAGGAGCAGCCAGACUGUCCACAUUGUCAUAUUCCCCUUUCGAUCGACCUGGAGCAGCCUGAGAUCGAGCAAGAUGAGGCUUUGGUCAAGAAGUCAUCUAUCAUCAACCGAAUCAAGAUGGAGAACUGGACGUCGUCCUCGAAGAUCGAGCUGCUCGUCCACGAGCUUCAUAGACUUCGCUCAGAUAACGCAUCGCACAAGUCCAUCAUCUUCUCUCAGUUCACCACAAUGUUGCAGCUCAUUGAGUGGCGUCUUCGUCGUGCUGGCAUCACUACUGUCAUGCUUGAUGGUAGCAUGACACCAGCCCAGAGGGCCGCAUCCAUUGAUCAUUUCAUGAAGAACACAGAAGUGGAGUGUUUCCUGGUGUCUCUCAAGGCAGGUGGUGUCGCUUUGAAUCUCACAGAAGCUUCACGAGUGUUCAUCGUCGACCCGUAA